AUGAAAAUUGCAAAUGGUGCUUGCGAGCAACGAAAUUCAAAAAUUGUAAAUACUUUCAAAUCCACAAGUACACUAAUUGUUGCUACUUGUCAAGAUGUAAAUAUUCAAAUUUAUCCUCUUGCUUGGGGUAUAGUUGAUUAUGAGAAUAAUGCAUCGUGGACUUGGUUUUUUAUGAAGUUGAAAGAAGUGAUGGGAGAUACCAAAGAUCUUGUUGUUAUAUCUGAUCGACAUCCAAGUAUUAUCAAUGGAGUUCGAGCUAUCUAUAAAAAUGCCCGUCAUGGUCGUUGCAUAUAUCAUAUAAAAGGUAACUUAAGUAUUGUAACUCGAAAAACUGAGAUUUUCCUACUGUUUAAGAAAGCAGCAGAGGCAUAUACUUUAGAAGAGUUUGGAAAUUAUAUGAGCAAAAUUGAGAGAAUUGAUAUUAAAGCUUGGGAUUAUUUAGUCAAAAUAUGUUUCCAUGCUUGGGCCAAGUUACACUUUCAGGGGAACCGCUACAAUAUCAUGACAUCGAACAAUGCAAAGUCACUGAAUUUGAGCUAUACAAGUACUUUAACGCUAAUAAUUGAAGAGAAACUGCGUAAGAAUGUUGAUAAAUCCAAGAAUUUUGUUGCCAAAACAUAUGAAGUGAGGAAGGAUGCCAUGAAUUUUGCUGUUAACCUGGAUAAAAAAACUUGUAGUUGUAGACGGUUUCAACUAGAACAUUUACCUUGUGAGCAUGCAAUAACUGCUGUGAAGAAGAGUGGCUAUUCAAUUUACUUGUUCUGCUCUCUGUAUUAUACUGUUGAGUAUUGGAAAUGCAACGAUGAGGUGGGCGUACUAAAACAACAAGAAUUCUAUCUACUGGAGAGUUUCCCAAAAGACACAAAUGUAGUAGACGUGCCGCAAUUGGACAUAACCGGUUAA